UUUUAUCGAAAGUCGAAAGUUCUACCGAAACUUUAAAGUCUCACCAAAGUCGAAAGUUCUACCAAAAGUCGAAAGUCGCAUUAAAAUUCGAAACCCUUACCGAAAGUCGAAAGUUUCACCAAAAUUCGAAAUCUUUACUGAAAGUUGAAAGUUCUAUCAAAAGUCGAAAGUCUCACCAAAAGUCUCACCGAAAGCCAAAAGUUCUAACGAAAGUCGAAAGUUUUAUCAAAGUCAAAAUUGAAAGUCACCGAAAGUCGAAAUCCUCGCCAAAAGUUGAAAGUCCCCGAAAGUUAAAAGUCUCACCGAAAUUCGAAACUCACCAAAAAUCGAAAGUCUCACCGAAAUUCGAAACUCACCGAAAAUCGAAAGUCUCACCGAAAUUCGAAAUCCUUACUGAAAUUCAAAAGCUUCACCAAAAGUCGAAAGUUCUACCGAAAUUCUACCAAGAGUCAAAAGCCUUGCCGAAAGUCGAAAAUUCUACCAAAA